AUGUUUGCAGCCAGAUGCCCAAGCCCCCUCGUCCCCUCCGGCCAGCCCCUCUCACCAGAACCAGGGGAAAAGGCACGAGCCGUCCAGUGCCCCCAGGCCUGCAGCCCCAUCGAGGCUCCGAGAGGUGCAGCUCCCUCAGGUGUGGGGCAGACAGAGUCGCUGCAAAGGCCGCCUUCCCCUAGGAUCCUGGGGCUGAAAAACACCCCCAAGACUGCCCAUAUCAAGGCCCCACACCGUCUUCGAAGUCAUGGCUUCAGAGCAAGAAAACUGAGCGAAAGCCGGGCCCCGGUCGGAGCAGAGGCAGAGGACCUGGGAGCUGCUGACCCCGAGCCUGGCUGGGUCUCGAAGCAGCGAGGUCAGGAUCGGAACCCCAGCCCUGGCUGGCACCUCCAUGCAGGCGUCCUCCAGUCACCAUUCAGCCCUGAGUACUGUGGGCCCCAGCUCCCGCCUUCCCCGCUCCACGCUCCUUUCCUGCAGGUCAGGUCCCUGGAUGCCAGCAGACUUGAACUCUGGGGGCACCAGUCACGCCGGCAGGCGCCCCUCCAUGGCGCGAUAACAAGGAACAUCACCCCGGCAAUCCGAGCAACACCAAUGAAGCACAGGGGCGUCUUCACCCGGAGCCUGCAGGGCCGGAGGCCUGAGGCCGGAGCAGUGAGCACCGGACGGCGCUCCCGCGAUCAGCGCGCGGUUCCCACGGUGCCACCCGCCCAGCCUCCCGCCAGCAGGGGGAGGCGCCUCGGCCCGCCCUGCGCCGAGCGCCCCGCGCCGCUCCCCACCCGGAAGUUCCGUCCCGGCCGGAAGUCCCGCGUUGGUGCGUCCCCAAAGAUGGCGGCGUCCACCGGCUCUACGGUGCCGGCGCGGGGCAGCUUCCGGGGGCGCAUGGGCCACAGGAAGCGCGCAGGAGGGCGCGGGCCGCGCCGCGGGCUGGGGGGCAGUGGGGAAGGGGCCUUGAGGCGGCUGAAGCUAGCCGUGGAGGAGUUCGUGCAGGGGACCGCGGAGGGCGGAACCCCCGGCGGCCGCGAGGGGUCCCGCGCUCCGGGCCGCGCGCGCCCGGGCGGGAGGAAAAGUCGCCGGGAGCUGAGAAGGGAGAAGCGGCACCUGAGGAAGGCGCGCCGGCUCCAGAGGGCGGCAGGCCCCGCGCAGGACCCCCGCCCGGGCAGCGGCGGCGGAGCCGGGGGAGCGAGCGGCCCCCGGGCGGAGGCGGCGCGGGAGAAGGCCGACCGGCCAUCCGAGGGGCUGCGGCUCCCCCCGGCUCCGCCCAAGGCCGCCCCGGCCCGGACCCAGGCCCAGGGCACGCCUGGCAGGACCAAGACCCCCGCCGCCGCCGCAACCUCCCGGAAACGGGCGCUCCUGGCGGCCAACGAGGAGGAGGACCGCGAGAUCCGAAAGCUGGAGCGGCGCCUCGGCUUGAACAAGCGCNCCCCCCCCGCUUUGUUCCACCUCUGGGCUGCUCCCGGAAGUCUUGGUGAAAUUGGUGGAAAGUACGUCCCACCUCACGUGAGGCAAGUGGAGGAGACAGAGGAUGCCCAGAAAAAGGAAGAGCUGGAAAGGCUCAAGAAGCAGGUCAAAGGCCUGAUCAACAGGCUGAGUGAGCCGAACCUGGCCUCCAUCAGCAACCAGCUAGAGGAGCUGUACAUGGGCCACAGCCGGAAGGACAUGAAUGCCACGCUGACCGCCGUCGUGCUGAGCGCCUGCGCCCCGGACACGGCCAUGCCCGCCCGGCUGCUCAUGGAGCACGUCCUCCUGGUCAGCGUCCUGCACCGCACGGUCGGCCUCGAGGUAGGCGCCCACUUCCUGGAGGCGGUAGUGAGGAGAUUUGAUGACGUGUAUAAAAGCGGGCGAGAUGGGAAGGAGUGCGACAACCUGUUCACCAUCAUCGCCCAUCUGUACAACUUCCACGUGGUGCAGUCUCUCCUCAUCUUUGAUGUUUUGAGGAAACUUGUUGAAACUUUCACGGAAAAAGAUAUCGAGCUGAUCCUGUUAAUGCUGAAGACCGUGGGCUUUUCACUGAGGAAGGACGAUGCUUUGUCCCUUAAAGAGCUGAUCACUGAGACUCAGGCCAAGGCCAGCGGAGCAGGUGGCAAGUUCCGGGACCAGACCAGGGUACGCGCCCCUCCUGACCUGCUUCCUAACUGCCUGAACGCAGCCUCAGCACAAGUGCCCCGCGCUGCGCCUGCACGGGCUGCUCUCUUACAGGUGCGCGGCGCCGGCGCGGGGACGGAUCCCGAGCUCCGAGUGUCCUGGGACAGCGUCCUGAACGCCGAGCGCGCCGGGCGCUGGUGGAUUGUGGGGUCCGCCUGGAGCGGCGCCCCGAUGGUGGACGAUGGUCCGCAGAAGGAUUUGCAGAGUCCGCGCGCGGGGACGAUUAGCUCGAAGAUCCUGGAGCUCGCCCGCAAGCAGAGAAUGAACACCGACGUCAGGAGAAACAUAUUCUGCACAGUGAUGACGAGUGAAGACUUUCUGGAUGCGUUCGAGAAGCUCCUGAAGCUGGGGCUUAAGGAUCAGCAGGAGAGAGAGAUUGUUCAUGUCCUGGUGGACUGCUGCCUGCAGGAGAAGACCUUCAACCCUUUCUACGCCUUUCUGGCCGGCAAGUUCUGCGCCUACGAGUGGAGGUUCCAGAUGACAUUCCAGUUCAGCAUAUGGGACAAAUUUCGGGACCUAGAAAAUUUGCCAGCCACUAAUUUCGCUAAUUUGGUUCAUCUGGUGGCCCACUUGUUGAAGACGAAGUCGCUGCCACUGUCCCUCUUAAAGGUUGUGGAAUUCAGUGAACUGGACAAACCCAGAGUCCACUUCUUACGAAAAGUGUUACAUAUACUGCUAAUGGAAACAGAAGUUGAAGAUCUUGGUUUGAUUUUCGCAAGGGUGUCGGACAAGCCGGCGCUGGGCCUGCUGCGUGAGGGCCUGAAGCUCUUUAUCAGCCACUUCCUGCUGAGGGGCGCCCCGGAGGCCGGAGCCCUGCGGGAGCGGGCUGAGCUGUGUACCCAGGCCCUGCAGGGGCGGGGGACCCUCAGGAUGUAGGGGGCGGGGGGCCCCUGUCUGCGCCGAGUCUCCUUGAACGGCUUGCAUGAAAGGCGGGUGCAGCUGAAGCGCCGACUGUGAUGUGUAAAGUAGUGUAGUUCGCUCCAGGGUUAUAUUGCACUUGUAUUUUUAAAGCAUCUUCAAAUAACUAUAUUUUCGGGAUGGCGGGCAGACAGGGCAGGCGCUAGGCAGUGAGGAGAGUGGUUGUGCAGUGUCUUAUUUUUUUCAGAGACAGGAUGAGCUCGAGGCUGCAGUCUGAGAGGUUGGUGGUGGUUGUAGCUUUUUAUAUAUUGGUUAAAAAUGCAGAAGUUGUCCGUGAAACGUGCCUGAUGUGUUGAUAUGUGAAGUGUCUGGGAGGCUGGUGUCUUGGGAAGGCGGCAGCUGACCUGGGCCUCGCGGGGUGGACGGUGCUCCUGGCUCCUCACCUCGGGUUCCCACGGGGGAAGGGACAGCUCCCGUGAGUGUCACUGACUCCCUGCAAGGCUCGAGUCCCCGCGGGAGCAGGCGGA